GAAUAUUAUAUCAUAUAAGGUGCUUAAAUGUAUCUAAUGUAGUUGGAUGGGUUCAAACUAUAAUUCUAUGUUGUUAAAUUUUUAUACGAGGAUAUGACACUUGAAAUUUGUGGUGUCAAGUAAGGACAGAGGAAGAGUAUCCGUCACAUGUUAUAACAACAAACAUACUAUGAAUAUUUAGUUAUACACAUAAAAAUUUGUAAAAUUAGGUUAGAUCACGCCACAAGUAACACAAGUCACCGGCGCGGACACAACCAAAUGAGCAGCUGACAAUUCCACAAAUUCUAAUAAGAGGCCUCUGCAAUUUCGCAAUGACUAUCUGUGAUUCAUCAUCUUCCUCUGGGUCCUCAACAAAAGCAUGGAUCCUUCACGGCUUAGCUGCUGGAGCUGCAUUAGCCAUAGCUGCCGGCGCUCAGGCUUACUAUGGUCGCCGAUCCGGCAAGUAUCGGAGUCGAGUCAUAGGGAUCAUACCUGCACGUUUUUCUUCUACUCGGUUUCAAGGCAAACCACUCGUUCACAUCCUCGGCAAGCCAAUGAUCCAGAGAACAUGGGAAAGGGCGAAGCUUGCUGAGACAUUGGAUCAAGUCGUUGUGGCAACAGAUGAUGAAAAGAUAGCUGAGUGCUGUCGUGGUUUUGGUGCUGAAGUGAUAAUGACUGCUGAAUCAUGUAGAAAUGGAACCGAGCGUUGUAAUGAAGCUCUUCAAAAGCUUGAUAAGAAGUACGACAUUGUUGUUAAUAUACAAGGAGAUGAACCUCUUAUCGAACCUGAAAUCAUAGAUGGCAUCGUCAAAGCCCUGCAGGCUGCACCAGAUGCGGUCUUUAGCACUGCUGUGACGUCUUUGAAACCCAAGGAUGCAUUUGAUCCAAAUCGCGUAAAAUGUGUGGUUGACAAUCGUGGUUACGCAAUAUAUUUUUCACGAGGACUUAUCCCUUAUAACAAGUCAGGCAAAGUUAAUCCGCAGUUUCCUUACUUGCUGCACCUCGGGAUCCAGAGUUAUGAUACAAACUUCCUGAAAGUAUAUCCCGAGCUGACACCAACGCCGUUGCAACUAGAAGAAGAUCUUGAACAGCUUAAAGUCCUUGAGAACGGAUACAAAAUGAAGGUGAUAAAAGUUGACCACGAGGCUCAUGGCGUUGACACCCCGGAAGAUGUAGAGAAGAUAGAACAGUUCAUGCGCGAUAGAAACUUGGCAUAGAGCGAAACGAGUUACUUUGAUGACUUAUAUGAACGAUAAAGGUGACGUUUUUUGGUUUCAAUUUCCACGUGGAUUCAUGGGCGGAGCCACCUUAAACGAAGGGUGGUCAGAUGAACACCCUUCGUCGAGUAAUUACGUGGUCUACAAAGGUUAAAUGUUAGCUAUUAUGAGUAAAUAUUUAAUUUUGUACACCCUUAACAUAACUGGGAAGAAAAUUUGCACACCCUUUACUAAAUUCUUGGCUCCGCCACUGCGUGGAUUAACGCGUUAAGUAUCACUCUGAGUUUAUGUUUGUGAAGAAAAAAUGUAGGAACUUGCUGUAUAAAUCCUGCAAAUAGUUCAUAUGUUAAAAGAGUUAUGUAAGGUUGUGUAUUCAUAUUCUUUCAUUAUUUUACAGUUAAUUAAUGUGUAUUUAUUAACUAUCGUUAAGUGAUAACCGUAUUCGUGACGAUACGUGUCAUGUAUUUAUUGAA